AUGGCCAUCGUACGCGUCGGCCAACAGAAGAAAGAGUACGGCGUUCACCAGGCCUUGAUCUGCGACAAGUCAAAUUUCUUCAAGAAGGCUCUCACCGGCUCUUUCGCCGAAGCCAGAACAGGCAUCGUCCCUCUCGAGGAUGUCUCAGCACCUCUCUUUACGAUCUUCGUCUCUUGGUUGUAUGUCGGCCGGCUCAUCUACGUCGCUCCUCCUGAUAGUGGCAAAACCAUCCAGGAUGAUUUCUCUUCGCUCGUAUGCAAGGAGAAUGAUGAGCAGCAAGAACAUCGAAGCACAGAGGACGAAGGCAUUUUCACGCUCCAGCCAGAAAAUGCCCAUGACGAUGCUUUUGGGCGUGGAACACCUCAGCAUGGUAACGAUCGAGGAGAAGGUCAAGGUGUUCACGAGGUUCCAAAGGAGAUCGAUCCUGCAAUUGCCAAUUGCACCGAAGAAGACCCCAAAACCUGGCCUCUUGACGUCCUCGCAAAGCUUUACAUUCUCGGAGACUUUCUCGACGCCCAGCUGUUUCAAAAUCAAGUAAUGGAUGUGAUCGUGGACUUUGCAGCCAUUUCUAGAAAUCGUGGAGUUUGGCGCGUACCAAAGAGGCUUCUGAUCCGUCACAUCUACGAAAACUCCCCCACUGGAUCGUUUCUGCGAAACAUCAUAGUAGACUUUGUGGUCUACCACCAGCCUUGGGAUGAGCCUUCGCAGAUAUGGGAAGAGAUGCCCGCUGAGUUUCUGGCAAAGGUAAUGGUGUCCAUGGGCAGAAGGGUACCUGCCAAGCUAUGCAAAGAGUGUUACUCGGACGCCAUCGCUGGAAACAGAUUGACGCACGCCAAUGCUGAUGGGAUGUGUCUGAAGAGAGACAAAGCACCGUUCAUGUUGGAUGCGUGCUUCUACCACGUUCACGGGACAGCGGAGGAGCGUGAGAAGUGCCAGACAGAGCUGAAAGAGAAGCGAAGAGAGUUGAGGACAGGCAAGUCGUGA